AUGUCUCGAGCACUUUUGCGUCCACGUAACAUCGCCAUCGCUGUCGGUGCAUCACUCGGUGCCUACUAUAUCACCUCCAAUUACAAUCCUGCUCGCACAGCCGGUGUAAAGCGAAUCGAAGACGCUUAUACCAAAGGAGGAGGCACCCCAACGCAUCUACCUGCAGUUGCUACUAAGCUUGGAGACAAGGAUCACAUCACACCACCUCACGAAACCCAGGGUGGAGGCGGAGGCUCAGGCGUUUCAUCCAAGAACUUCAAAGAGAACCUGGCAGACCAAAAGACAGCUCCUCAAUCUGCGGCGUCGAAGAAGUUUCACGAAGCGAUGUAUGGUCAGGAUAAAGGCAAAUGA